AUGACAAAGCUGCCUGCCGGUCGGCGCAUGAAAUGCCCCCAUCAGGAGCACGUCCUGCGCUUUGGGCCCUGGACUAAGGUAGUUGUUGGCUACGGGGAAAGGGUGCAAAAUGCCGAGUCGGCGUUCCCUUGCCCACAUGGCGGAGAAGUCUUAAAACUGAAAGAACGUCCGGAUGCUGCGCUGCACACAGUAGCUUUGACAGACCGGCAGAGUGGUAAACCAGAAUUACGGGACUUCAUCUACAAGUAA